UAUAAGUCUUAUAAAAUUUCCUCUCGUGGGAAAAAGUAUCAGAUUCACCUACUCAACAACUUUGCUUAGCGGAACUUAAAUUUUCCAUUUAAAUAUCUUCAUAACUACGCACGUAAUUCCCUCGGUGAACAACCGCCUAGACAAACAUGGUGAGUGCUGGAGCGCAAUCGGUUUCGGAAACAGUACGAUUGGGUUAGCUUGGAACAAAAGUACAAUUGUGUUAGCUUGGCAGAAAGAAGUACAAUCUCUUUUCUUGAGAAACAAUCCAACCACGCAUCCCCGGAGAUUCCGUGGAAACGAUCGGUUUCCAGGCGCGCGGUUGCACUAUACACCGCGGCUCACUAAUCCUAAAUGUAGCGCGCGCGGGCACGUACGCAAACGGCCAGCACCGAGUGGUGCCCGCCCCGCACGCGGCCGCCGUUUUGCAGCGCCCAAUCCUCCCGGCGCGGGGUCGCGGUGCAGUACACACCUCCGUCAGUCUGUCCCUCUGCCCGCCGUGUACGCACACGCGGUGUACUACCACCAGUCAUCCCCAUCUCUCCUUCGUCGCGUCGUACUGCACACCGCACUCUGGUCUUGUCGCUUCCUAUAUGGGCACCACACUCUGGUCGAUGCAUGCCCCCCCCCCCCCCCACACACACACUCACGUACGCGAGGACAGGGAGAGCACACACACGAGGAUUGAUCAAGCGCGACCAUGGAUAUGGGAGACAUGGGAGGGCACAUCAUGGGCACGGGGGGCAUGUCCCCGCCGCCGGCCGCGGCGCACGGCGGCAUGCGGAUGCAGUACACCCACAUGACCUUCUACUGGGGCAUGAACUCGGAGAUCCUCUUCGCGGGCUGGCCCGGCGCGCGCGGCGGCAUGUACGCGCUGGCCCUCGUCGCCGUCUUCGCGCUCGCGUUCCUCCUCGAGUUCCUCGGCUGCCGCAGGGUCGAGUCCUUGCUCCCCGCGAAGCGGCGCGUGGCGGCCGGGGCGGCGCGCGCGGCAGUGUACGCGGUGCGCGUGGGCGUGUCGUACCUGCUCAUGCUCGCGUUCAUGUCGUUCAACGGCGGCGUGCUCCUCGUGGCCGUGGCCGGACACGCCGCGGGGUUCCUGGCGUUCAGGGCCGGCCUGUGCGGCGACGGACGGGCGCUGGUGGAGGACGGGUGCAAGUACGAGCGCGCGCCGGCGGCGUGCUGCUAGGUGUGUCGCGAUGGUGCCAAUGAUUGAAUGGCGUGUAUGCCGUGUGCGAUUGAUUGAAUACUUGUUGCUGUUUGCCUGGUUCAUGACGGUGAUGAACUGAUGAUCUUGGGUCACUGGUGACUGGGAAUUGUAACACGUGAAUCUGCAGUGUUAAAUUUCUAUGCGAUCAGGCUGUAUAUUCUUCA